GUGUUAAUUCCCUCGGGGAAGAGAUGGUAUGUUACUCCACAAACUGAAGCGAUUAUUGCAUACCAACUGUUCGAUGAAAUUUCCGUGAGUCUAUGAAAUUCGUAUACUCAGUCUAAUUCCUCCAAAAAAUAUUCAAUGAAUUGCUCCUUCUUACCCAUUAGCCGGAGUUCCCUUGUGCCACUUGAAAAAAACUUCUUAAACAGCAUCAGUGUGUCUCCGCCGGCGCACCUCAGUACCAGAAUUUACCACAGAAAGCCACCCAGAAACCUCCGGUACCCACGGCACACUAAACUUCCUCCUGAUUUCGGUGUCAACUUGUUCUUGAAGAAGCCUACCACCGAUACUGAUACUUCUCUAACGGAUUCCAUUCAAAGUGACCAAGAUGAUUCGUCGGAGGAGGAAGUAGAAGACCAGGAUGGUGAUAUUGUUUGGGAAUCAGAUGAGAUUGAAGCAAUAUCGUCUCUUUUUCAAGGCAGAAUUCCUCAGAAACCUGGGAAGUUGGGUAGAGAGCGGCCUCUUCCACUUCCGCUUCCUCACAAGCUACGACCACUGGGACUUCCUACACCGAAGAAACAUAUUAGGUCGUCACGGGCAUCGAUAUCGAAAGAAGUGUAUAAGAACCCGAGUUUUCUUUCCGGUUUAGCCAGAGAAAUUAAAGAUCUUGCUUCUGAUCAAGAUGCAUCUGUAGUUCUUUGUAAGUGGGCUCGUUUCUUGCGUAAAGGAUCUCUUUCUUUGACAAUUCGAGAGUUGGGUCAAAUGGGACUUCCUGAGAGAGCUCUACAGACUUUCUGCUGGGCUGAGAAACAGCCUACACUAUUCCCAGAUGAUAGGGUUUUAGCUUCAACUGUUGAGGUCUUGGCAAGGCACCAUCAAAUGAAAGUGCCACUUGACUUGAAGAAGUUUACUAGUAUGGCAAGCCGGAAUGUCAUUGAGGCAAUGGCCAGGGGGUUCAUUAGAGCUGGAAGCCUGAAAUUAGCUUGGAAGCUUCUCUUGGUUGCCAAGCAUGGGAAAAGAAUGCUCGAUUCAAGUGUUUAUGCAAAGUUAAUAUAUGAACUUGGCAAAAACCCUGAUAAACACCAGCUUGUAGCAGCCUUAUUGGAUGAUCUUGGUGAAAGAGAAGAUUUGAAUUUAAGCCAGCAGGAUUGUACAGCUAUCAUGAAAGUUUGCGUGAGACUCGGUAGAUUUGAUAUCGUGGAGAGCUUGUUUAGUUGGUUUAAACAAUCUGGUCGUAAUCCAAGUGUGGUCUUGUACACUACACUAAUUCAUAGCCGUUACUCUCAGAUGAAAUACAGGGAAGCGUUGGCUGUGGUUUGGGAAAUGGAGACCUCAGAAUGUCUUUUGGAUCUUCCAGCUUUUCGUGUGGUUAUAAAGCUUUUUUUUGCUCUCAAUGAUCUUCCUAGAGCUGUAAGAUACUUUGCCAAAAUGAAAGAAGCAGGUUUCUCUCCGACAUAUGACAUAUACCGGGACAUGAUUAAUGUUUAUUUGGUUUCUGGGAGACUGGCAAGGUGUAAGGAAAUUUGCAAGGAGGCAGAGAUGGCUGGAUUUAAAUUGGAUAAUCAUACUACUUCAAGGUUGUCACAACUUGAGAAAGAAAUAAGGUCAGGCUUUUGAAUAUUCUUAGUGAAGAUGUAAUUUCCUUAAGUUGAGCCUUGAUGCUGUAUUCAUGUUUGUUUGUGUAUCAUUAUUUUAGGAGGAAUUGGAACACAAUUUAUUAGGAUAUUGUACAUCUUAAUUACUGGGAAACUUGAAAUUUCAUGGGAAAAAAUUCUAUAAAAUUCAAAAGAAGAAAAAGAGAGAGAGAGAGAGAGAGAGAGAGGGAAUAAAUGUCCCCAGUUUUUCUUGCAAGCUGAAAUUUCAAGUUUUGUUUCCUGACUUUCCCAUGCUUCCCACUUUUUCUGCUGUGUUCUUGGUUUGAGAUGUGCUGCUGUGCUUCUUGUGCCAUAACACCCCUAUGUACCAUAAAUAGGUUAGAUAAAUAAAGAGACUUACCAUGGUGAAUUUUUCUUAUGAUCAAAGUUCUACUUCAACGAAGAUAGAGUGAAGGUUGAAUUCCCAGUGGAGAGCACAAAUACCAGGGUGAGUCAAGCUUUGCAUUGGACAGCACAUGAAUGCCUGGAGAAACCUUUUGAAUGAGAAUGGGUUCUCCUUAUGGUCUGUUGGAGACAUAAACCAUUGAGUUGGAUUGGGUGUCAGCCAGUAUCAGGAUGAACACAUUGUGCUGAUAUUCCUGUGUCACC